ACAAUCCACGAGGUCCCUCAUACAAACCGGUGCGCAUAAAGGGAAAGAAGUACACAUUUCCCCCUGAAAAGGAAACUUAUGAAGAAGCAAAGAAAAAAUGUGAAGACCAGGGUUUGGUUAUCUCCGGCCUUGAAUCAAAAACUGAGCAGAAAAGUGUCACCGACUACCUCAACUACAUCGGACUUUCCAGCGAAGUUGUCUUUUCGGCUCUUGAUCAACUCGCUAUACCUGGGAGUAUCUUCGACGGCUGGGGCACUGAACCCCCGAAGUCAAUAAUCCCAGGUGAUUGCUCUGCAACCUAUAAGGGCAAAUUUUACAACACCAGCUGCGACCAACCUGCUAAUUUCAUCUGCGAGGAGCCACCGGGCUCAACUUCAACGCUCGAGGGGUUAGCCAGUCUGCUGUCUAUCGAUGAGGCUCCGAUGGAUUAUGUCAAUGGCAAAAACUACAUAGUUCCUUCAAACAUAGCAACAGUUGACGAGGCAAAUUCUCUGUGCUCCAAGCAGGGUAUGGAGCUGAUGUCCCUUGAGUCGUUGGCUGAGACCUCUGCAGUGCAGGACUUCCUUGGGGACAUUGGACUCUCGACCUCAACGAUGUUGACGUCCUUAAAGAAGCUUUCUGGGGGAGACGAGUUCAACUGGCUUGGUGGCGUUGCCGCCAACUUGCUGAACUGGGCCCCAGAGCAGCCGAACCCUGAUGGCGGAUGUGCCUCAUUGGGGAAGCUUGGCCUUCAGGGAAUAUCCUGCGACACCGUAGCCAAUUUCGUGUGCGAGGCACCCAACGGACCUUCUACGGUGGCUACAACUACUGAGAACCCAUUGAGCAAACUCUUGGCCAUGGCUGACUCCACCCCUGUGGUUUUAGGUGAUAGUUCCUACAUAGUUCCUUCUGAAAAGGCAAACUAUGACAACGCACAGGAAAUAUGUGGAACGCGCGACAUGGGUUUGAUGUCCUUGGAGACGCUCGCUGAAACGGACGUCGUACAGGACUUUCUGGGCUCAAUAGGACUCUCUUCAACCUCUGUUUUGACGUCUCUGAAGCGCUCCGGUGUUGACACUUUCGACUGGUUUGGGUCCUUGACGGCUCAGACGGUGAAGGUUGCUUCUUCGCCUGAAGACGUGGCUUCGGGGAAAGAUUGCGCCGGGCUAUCAUCCAUCGGCCUGGCGCCAGUGUCCUGCAACGAUUUGUCCAAUUUCGUUUGCGAAUCUAAACCAACAGAACCUCCCACAACUGCAGUAACUUUUAAGGUUGGGCUGGUGAACGCAAAAAUCAAUGGAAAUUCGUACUUCUUCUCGGAGGAAAAGGCAACCUAUGCUGAUGCAAACGCAGUUUGUAGUACUCGAGGACAAAGUUUGCUGGUCAUUGACAAUCUUCUAGAGAACAUGGGCAUCAAAGAGGCAAUCAAGCAGUCUGGUUUUCAGAAUAUGUACUUCUUCACAUCUCUAAAGGAGGACGUCCCAGGCACCUAUGUGUGGACCGGUGGCGCCGAGCUGGUUCCGUCAAACGUGGAGAUAAACACCGUUCCUCAGGGUAGUCUCCCGUGCGGCGCCUACUACCAACUGGCGUUCACCUUCGUCGACUGUGCCGUCCCUUACAACUUCAUCUGCGAAUCGCCAGGCGCGCCACUGACCGAGGCGCCCCCGCUGUAAUUCGCAAAAUCAACAUUUGCAAGUUUGUCAUCCAAAAUUUAAGAAUAAAAACAAUACGUAGCCGCGAGUUGUUAUUUAACGAGCAAGAAAACGAUGCUGGAAACCGAGAGUGCUGGAAGAAAGGAGGGGCGUGGUGCAUUGUUGGUUGGGCCGGUGCUCCACUUUGAGAGACGAUUCGCACGUGCUGCGCGUGGCCCCAGGGCUGCUCUGAUUGUGAGCCGCCGCCGCUGACUCUCUUUUCUCGGCGGCAGCUCACAAUUACGGCCGUGGUUGCGUCACGUAGUACGCGAGCUGGUACUCGUUGGGCAACGCCAACGCCCCAGGGCCCCCGGCCCCAUCCUCUCAUUAGCCACCGAAUCGCCCCCGAGAACGGCUGCCAAGAGUAGCUUUCAAAAAAUAAGACAAAUGAAGUCGUGCACAUACAUUAAUAUUCAUACAAAUGGUUUGCGCACCAUUCAAGAUUAAAUGAAAGAAAUGAAAAGUAAUAAUUAUUUCAUAUUUGCUUUUUUUCAAAAAAAAUAAAUGCUGAUAACUCAAUUUGAUCGUAUUGCGCUAAAGAUUUCGAUUAACAUUCUUUUGUUUUCAUUCCGUUUUAAUUUCAGAAUCAGAUA